AUGCAAGGACCUGUUACUAACCAAGGACCUGUUACUAACCAAGAACCUGUUACUAACCAAGGACCUGUUACUAACCAAGAACCUCUUACUAACCAAGAACCUGUUACAAUGCAAGGACCUGUUACUAACCAAGAACCUGUUACUAACCAAGAACCUGUUACUAACCAAGAACCUGUUAAAAUGCAAGGACCUGUUACAAUGCAAGGACCUGUUACUAACCAAGGACCUGUUACUAAGCAAGGACCUGUUACUAAGCAAGAACCUGUUAAAAUGCAAGAACCUGUUACUAAGCAAGGACCUGUUACUAAGCAAGGACCUGUUACUAAGCAAGGACCUGUUACUAAGCAAGGACCUGUUACUAAGCAAGGACCUGUUACUAACCAAGAACCUGUUAAAAUGCAAGGACCUGUUACUAACCAAGGACAUGUAACUAAGCAAGGACCUGUUACUAACCAAGGACCUGUUACUAAGCAAGGACCUGUUACUAAGCAAGGACCUGUUACUAAGCAAGGACCUGUUACUAACCAAGGACCUGUUACUAAGCAAGGACCUGUUACUAACCAAGGACCUGUUACUAAGCAAGGACCUGUUACUAAGCAAGGACCUGUUACUAAGCAAGGACCUGUUACUAAGCAAGGACCUGUUAAUAAGCAAGGACCUGUUACUAAGCAAGGACCUGUUACUAACCAAGGACCUGUUACUAAGCAAGGACCUGUUACUAAGCAAGGACCUGUUACUAACCAAGAACCUGUUAAAAUACAAGGACCUGUUACAAUGCAAGGACCAGUUACUAAGCAAGGACCUGUUACUAACCAAGGACCUGUUACUAAGCAAGGACCAGUUACUAAGCAAGGACCUGUUACUAACCAAGGACCUGUUACUAAGCAAGGACCUGUUACUAAGCAAGGACCUGUUACUAACCAAGAACCUGUUACUAACCAAGAACCUGUUAAAAUGCAAGAACCUGUUAAAAUGCAAGGACCAGUUACUAAGCAAGGACCUGUUACUAACCAAGGACCUGUUACUAACCAAGGACCUGUUACUAACCAAGAACCUGUUACUAACCAAGAACCUGUUAAAAUGCAAGGACCUGUUACUAUGCAAGGACCAGUUACUAAGCAAGGACCAGUUACUAAGCAAGGACCAGUUACUAACCAAGGACCUGUUACUAACCAAGAACCUGUUACUAACCAAGAACCUGUUAAAAUGCAAGGACCUGUUACUAACCAAGGAGCUGUUACUAACCAAGGACCUGUUACUAAGCAAGGACCUCAAGGACCUGUUACUAACCAAGGACCUGUUACUAAGCAAGGACCUGUUACUAAGCAAGGACCAGUUACUAAGCAAGGACCAGUUACUAAGCAAGGACCUGUUACUAACCAAGGACCUGUUACUAAGCAAGGACCUGUUACUAAGCAAGGACCUGUUACUAACCAAGAACCUGUUAAAAUGCAAGGACCUGUUACUAACCAAGGACAUGUUACUAAGCAAGGACCUGUUACUAACCAAGGACCUGUUACUAAGCAAGGACCUGUUACUAAGCAAGGACCUGUUACUAACCAAGAACCUGUUACUAACCAAGAACCUGUUAAAAUGCAAGAACCUGUUAAAAUGCAAGGACCAGUUACUAAGCAAGGACCUGUUACUAACCAAGGACCUGUUACUAUGCAAGGACCUGUUACUAUGCAAGGACCUGUUACUAACCAAGGACCUGUUACUAACCAAGGACCUGUUACUAUUCAAGGACCUGUUACUAACCAAGGUCCUGUUACUAUGCAAGGACCUGUUACCAUGCAAGAACCUGUUACUAAGCAAGGACCUGUUACUAUGCAAGGACCUGUUACUAUGCAAGGACCUGUUACUAACCAAGGACCUGUUACUAAUCAAGGACUUGAUACUAUGCAAGGACCUGUUACCAUGCAAGGACCUGUUACUAACCAAGGACCUGUUACUAUGCAAGGACCUGUUACUAUGCAAGGACCUGUUACUAACCAAGGACCUGUUUCUAAGCAAGGACCUGUUACUAAGCAAAGACUUGUUACCAUGAAAUGA